CCAAAAUGCUACGAUUUUAAGCAUAAAAAAAACCCCAUAGUUUCACAUUAUUUGUAAGUGGUAUUUCAUAAAAGAUGCCUAAUGAAUCGAGUUUCUUAGCCUCACUACCACUGUUACUGCUUCUUCUCAGCUUCCUAAUGGCUUCCUUCUUCGACACGGCAGCUGGGCAAACCGGAAUUUGCUACGGGAUGGUUGGAAACAACCUGCCACGUCCGUCAGACGUGAUAAGGCUUUUCCAGCAGCGGAACAUACGGCGGAUGCGGAUUUACGGCCCCAACCGAGAGACUCUCGACGCUCUCCGAAACUCCAACAUCGAGCUUUUGCUCGAUGUUCCCAACUCGGAUCUCGAGCGUGUCGCCGGCAGCCAAGGGGGAGCCGACGCGUGGGUCCGCGACAACGUCCGAAACUACAACAAUGUCAGGUUCCGCUACAUUUCGGUCGGAAAUGAGGUGCAACCCUCGGAUCCACGGUCGAGGUUAGUCCUCCCUGCGAUGCAGAACAUCGAGAGAGCGGUUUCAGGCCUCGGGAUCAAGGUCUCCACAGCUAUCGACACCAGAGGCAUUAGCGGGUUUCCUCCCUCGAGCGGGACGUUCACGCCGGAGUUUAGGAACUUUAUCGCGCCGGUGAUAGCUUUCUUGGUGAGCAAGCAAUCUCCUCUGCUCGUGAAUAUCUACCCUUACUUCAGCUACAUCAACAACAUGAGAGACAUCCGUUUAGAGUACGCUCUGUUCACACCGUCUACUGUAGUCAAUGAUGGGCCAAACACGUACCGAAACCUCUUCCACGCACUCCUAGACACUGUUUACGCGGCAUUGGAGAAAACGGGAGGCGGAUCGGUGGAGAUCGUGGUGUCGGAGAGCGGUUGGCCGACCGCGGGAGGAACCGCGACGACUACAGAUAAUGCGAGGACUUAUGUGAACAACUUAAUACAAACCGUGAAGAGUGGGUCUCCGAGAAGGCCAGGGAAAGCUAUAGAGACUUAUAUAUUCGCUAUGUUCAAUGAGAAUCAGAAGGAUCCUGAGUUCGAGAAGUACUUUGGACUGUUUCUUCCUAAUCAACAGCCUAAGUACGAAGUCAAUUUCAACUAAAAGAUAUCUUUAAAGACACUUCACGAUAGUGAUAUGAGAUAAGUGGAAUUUAAAGGUAUUGUAUUGUAAACUGUAAAUGUUUCCAAAGAGUGGGAACUUGUUGUAAUAAUAAGGAACAAUUAAUGAGUCACAAUAAAAUAAUAUAAAGAACUUGUUUUAAUACAUAUACAGGUAGUGUAGAGUGGUUGUCCCACGGAGACGAGUGUAGAGAAUGCGAGGAC